AUGGGCCACUCAGCGCGAAACCUCAAGUACUACCCGCUUGCCCUACGCAAAGCAUUCGACGGACCCCUUGGCUUUGCUGGAGAUACCUUCACCGUCAAGACGGCUCGGAAUGAGGAGAAGCUCUUCAUAGAACUGAGCACGUGGGAGCUUCUGAACCUGAAACCCGACACGAUCCUUGAUCUCCCCGUCCGCCUCAACGUCGACUAUGGCAUCUCAUCCAAGUACAUCGAACGGAUCUUGGACGAGUUUGGCAUUCAAUCCCGCGGAAAAGAUGCCUUGGAUCGCGAGUUCGGCAUCGAGAAGCCGCCGCAGUAUAUGAUCUCCAACACACGGCACUAUUCCUGGCCAAAAGGCGCCGCUAUUGCCGGUAUUGGCUCCGAAAAUGUCGUGGGUAUCAACGUCGACUACGGAGCACGAAUCAAUAUCGAGGAGCUCGAGAAGCGCCUCGAGGAGAACCUCAAGAACGAGCAGGCUGUGUAUGCCGUUGUGGCCAUUAUUGGCUCUACCGAGGAAGGUUCGGUCGAUCCCUUGGGAAAGAUUGUUGCCAUGCGUCGCCGGUUCCAGGCACGAGGCCUUUCUUUCGCCAUCCACGCUGAUGCCGCCUGGGGAGGGUACUUUGCGUCGAUGCUGCCACGUGACUACACUCCUGGCGCGGGGUUUCUUGGUAGCAUGCCAGUCAAUCUUGGGGACGCUGAAGGUUUUGUGCCUGACAGCUCGUUGCGAACUGAAACUCAGGAGGACAUCUGGUGGAUGCGACAGGCCGACUCGAUCACCUUGGAUCCGCACAAGGCUGGGUAUAUCCCGUACCCUGCAGGCGGCCUCUGCUACAAGGAUGGGAGGAUGAGGUAUCUGAUCACCUGGACGAGUCCAUACCUGUCCCAAGGCUCGACUUCCAGCAUUGGUAUCUACGGAGCCGAGGGAAGCAAGCCGGGAGCCUCGGCCGUGUCAACGUUCAUGUCCAACAAGUGCAUCGGACUCGACCCCGAAGGGUACGGAGCGUUGCUGGGCGAAGCGACCUUCACUUGCAGCAGGUGGGCAGCCAUGACCGACGACACGAUGGACUUUGUCGUUGUGCCUUUCAAUAUGCUGCCAUCCGAGCUGGCCGACGAUGCAACCCCUGAGUCUAUCGAAGCCGAGAAGCAGUGGAUUCGUGACAAUAUCCUCUCCUCGUCGAACACUAGCAUUGUUGCGAACGCUACCACCAGCCCCGGUGGUGACACUGCGCUGUCGCUCCUCCGUAAGCUGGGAUCCGACCUCAACAUCAACGCUUUUGCCAUCAACUUCCGCAACUCGGACGGAACGCUCAACGAAGACACGCUCGAGGCCAACUAUCUGAUGCGGCGCGUCGUGGAGAACUUCUCGGUUGACUCGCCUGGCGACAAGCCGAGCGAGAUCCCGCUCUAUCUCACGUCCACCGAGUUCUCGCCCGAACUAUACGGCGAAUGCGCCCAGAAGUUCAAGGAAAGGCUUGGACUGAGGAAAGAUCAGAACGACUUGUUCGUCCUGCGAAAUGUCGUCAUGUCGCCAUUCCCAACUGAGAAGGACUUCAUCGCCGAAUUGACUGGUGUCUUCAAGAAGGUGGUUGGACAGGAGGCGAAGGUCAGUCGUGAGCGCAACGAAUUGACCAAGGAUAACCAUGAGUUCUUGGUGCAAGGCGAAGAGCCCAUCUACUUCGUACACAAACCCAGCUUCCAUGCGGCGAACCAUCGCCGUCAGGCCAUCCUUGAGGUCGAUCUGCCCAGCAACAUCAAAUUCGAGUAUCAGACUCUGAAAUCACAAUACCCGGACGAGAUCAUCACUUUCAUCACAAAUCAAGCCGUCGAUCUGACACAGGUCAUCAACGAGUCUGGAGAACUCAAUGGAUACCUGUAUUCCGGACGGACCGGCCCCAUCCUGCCAGCAACCCCGGCCAAGAUCACUGGCAAGUGGCUCGACAGACCCCUCACCGGGCCCUCGCUCGCCACAGAGUAUCCGAGCACCCGCAUGCCCUUCUACCUCUACGGCGACCUCGACGGCGCCUCCAGCGGCUCCUCCUCCUCCUCCAAGCUCCACAUCGACCACGCCCUGCUCCGCUCCCCCAACAUCCAGCUCACCGCGCCGGGCGUCGACCUAUCCUUCUCGUCGCCCCCGCGCCAAGUCCGCGAGAAUGGUACUAGCAGCGGCAGCGGCAGCGGCAGCGGUAACAGAACCCCACUGCUGCUGUUCCUCGACGACGUGCGCGAGGAGACGAUGCAGCCGUUCCCGGACAAGAACGCCACGCUGGCCUCGCUGCCAAACUUCUUCUUCCGCGAGGGCGCCGAGUUCGCCGUCAGCGUGUGGGAGGACCCCGUCGCCGGGUGCCAGGACGGGCAGCAGGUGCUGGAGGCGUGGGAGAAGCUGGGGAAGGGCGGCGAUGGCGGUGGAGACGAAGACUUGCUCGUGGGGAGGGGCACGAUGAAGCUGUCGUGCGGUGUGUUCGUCGACGCUGAGUGGCUGAAUGUCGAUCCGUACAAGAGGGUGGAUCCGGUGGGCGCUUGGCUCAAGGAGUGCGAGAAGAUUGGAAACGCUUAG